AAAUAUAAUAAUAUGCAUUAAAAAAACUAAAUUUAUUAAGUAUUUAUAUAUCUGUUUGUUAUCCAUCACACAACAGACAACUCAACCUUCAAAAUCAAAAUUACAAAAAAAUAUUCAAAAUUAACACAUGGUAGCAUUGGACAUAUCUCAUUUACAAAGUCUGUUUCGAUUUAAAAUUAACUUACUAAACUAAUAGUAUCAUAUCCAUUGUGAUUUAAUAAUACAAACUAAAGUAUUCAUAUAUAAGUUAAAGAACAAAUUAAUCAACAGCUGGAUUAUGGAUUUCUAAUAAUUUUGUUAAUAAAAUCUCUUUUUACUUACGCGCAGACCUUUGCGCGUUGCCAGCUUCGUAAAUGGAAGAAGCAUCAACAAAACAAAAUGCUAAAGUUUGUAAAUGGCAGCCGGACUGUGAAGUGAAUAAAUAAUAUAGUGGCGUGGGGCGUUUGAAUUUGUUGUAUCAAACAACUUUUAAUUCUGGGGAUAUUCUUAGAUUCGGUUCGCAAAAAAAAUUUACAUGAGAAUUGCUUGUGUCGUUUUGACUUCAUUUUUGUCGUUGUCCGUAGGCGCAGGAUUUGAGUUAAUAAUGCGGAUUUCAAUAUGAAGGAGAUGGUAGGAGGAUGCUGCGUUUGCUCCGACGAGCGUGGUUGGCCGGACAACCCGCUGGUCUACUGUGACGGCAAUGGAUGCACUGUCGCGGUCCACCAAGCUUGUUACGGAAUAGUCACAGUACCUACCGGUCCUUGGUAUUGCAGGAAAUGCGAAACUCCCGAAACUAAAGGCAAAGUGAGAUGCGAAUUGUGCCCGUCGAAGUCAGGAGCCCUUAAACGUACAGACACUGGUGGCUGGGCCCACGUUGUUUGCGCUCUCUACAUACCAGAAGUUAGAUUCGGAAAUGUUACUUCUAUGGAACCUAUCGUCCUGCGACUUAUUCCACCCGAACGGUACAACAAGACAUGCUACAUUUGUCAGGACUUAGGCAAGUCUCAUCGCUCCGCUGCUGGUGCUUGCAUGCCUUGCAAUAAAUCAGGAUGUAAACAACAGUUCCACGUGACCUGCGCUCAAAGUCUGGGCCUAUUGUGCGAAGAAGCCGGCAACUACUUGGACAACGUCAAAUACUGCGGUUACUGUCAGCAUCAUUACGGAAAAUUGAAAAAAGGAGGCAACGUGAAGACAAUCCCGCCGUACAAGCCGGUGUCGCACGACAGCCCCUCGAGCGACUCUAGUGGCGAAAAGGACGGCGAAGCUUCCCCGAUGGCUGGCGGCGCCACGCCCACUAACGCGGCCAAGUCCAAAGGGCCUGGCCGCAAGUCUUCACAUUCCAGCAACGCUGUUGCUGGCAAAAACACACCAAAUUCAUCUAAAACUACAAACAACACGAGUCAACCGAUGGCUAGCAAACUGCACCAAUCGGAGAAGAAAAAGCCCUCUCCUUCGAGGCGGGGUUCCUCAGCGGGCGACGGAGGCACCGGCAGUAAGACUAGUACGCCAGCGCCGUCGCCGCAGCACCCGCCCCCCGAACAAACGCAAGCGCAGGCGCUGGCGCCGGCCAAUAAAGCCUCUGGGGGGUCAACGCCUAGUGGUAGUUCUAAAGCAACGCUGCCAUCCAGCUCACCUGGAAGUAAGGCUCCAGAAUCCGUUGGAGUCAUUAAUACGGCACCGGCAUCAUCUCCCGUCCCUAUGGCGGCUUCAAGCGCAGGCGCUACUGUAUCCAAUGCCAAUACUGCUGCAACAACAUCAGUCGUCCACGCUCCUUCUACGAAGCACGCUUACCAAGAGUCGGUGAUCACCAACACCGAAGCGAUGGAUGCUAAGCAAACCAAGAAGAGGAAGGCGGUAUCGGCUGCCAACACACCCACCACACAGAUCGAAUACACCGCACCUUUGUCAGGGCCUCCUGAAGUUAAUCCACCAACAAGCUUGUGGGAAGGAGUUCAUCCCGCGAAUGAAACACAAUCUGAAUCGUUGGACAAGAUUAUCAAAAAGGCCAAGACUGAGGGCUCGGAGUCGGGCCCAGCGCAGGCGCACUUCGCCAGCUUAUCCCCAGCGCCGCCGCCCCCGCCCCCGCCGCCCGCCCACAGCCCCGUCUCACAGCCCAGCCCGAGACACCUACCAAGCCCAAUGCCUGGCCCAAGCGGAAUCAACCCAGGAAUGUCCAACAUUAGAUCGCCUCAACCGCCUCAUGUUUCCGCUGCAUCGGACAUGACUGGACUGUCACCGCAUAUAUUUCAUCAACCACAGAAGCAGGCCGCCAUGGAUCCAGGUAUGCCUGGUCAUGGUCCUCAUAGUGUACCAGGACGAUCAGCUUGGGGUGGGCUGAACGUCACCUACGAGAUGCAGCAGGAUCCAAAUAAACCAGGAGUCAGUGGGGUGCAGAACACUAGCAAGGACAUGAAUCUAGCCGGUAUCCCGAUGCCCCCUACGACGAUCCGAACCAAGAAGCGAGCAGCGAUGGCGACCUCUGUGGUUUCCAUGGCAACGCCGCCGCCACCGUCGCCACUACAAACAGCGCCUCAGAGUUUAGCCAACGUGCGAAGACCGCCGCAGCCCACGCCGCCACCUAUCUACCAGGAGACCAUCAAAGAUUCUCCGCCCAGUUCGCCUAGUUCCGACCGACCAUUGAAACCAAAAAUGGAAAAUAAGGUCGGCGUGAGCUGCACUGCGCCUCACAUGUUGGGCAACGAGUUGAACCCGGAGAGCGGCGCUGCGGCCCGCCUGCAGGAGCAGCUCAGCGCCGAGCUGGCGGCACACGCGGCCGGCUCCGGCGGUGCGGACCCGCUUGUGCCGCCCCCGCUCAUUAAUAAGGCCACGCCGGGCACCGGCAGUCGCGGCAAUUCCUCCGGCGCUCAGAGUCUGGACCAGCUUCUGGAGAGGCAGUGGGAACAAGGCUCACAGUUCCUCAUGGAACAGGCUCAACAUUUCGAUAUUGCAUCGUUGCUGUCAUGUUUACACCAACUUCGCACUGAGAACGUGCGGUUAGAGGACCACGUGGGCAACUUGCUGCAGCGCCGCGACCACUUGCUGGCCGUCAAUGCUCGCCUGGCCAUACCGCUUAAUACUGUGACGACGGGUCCGCCGGAGCCGACGCGCUGCCCCCGCGAGAACGGAGCCCAGGGACGCGCCCCGAAUGCUCCGCCACGCGCCCCUGAGACCAUCACUUCGGACCGACCACACCAGCAAGUAGCAUUGAUGGAUGACACAAUCCAACUGGAAAGGUUUACAGAAGUACCUUUUCCUCUACAAUGUAGGGUGCGAGUUUUCAAUAUCAGCAAUGCUGCAGAAGUUUUAGAAGGUGCAGUACCGAUAGUCACCGAAAUGGGACCUUACGUUUACAAAUUGUAUUCGAGCAGGCUGAUAGAGGAGAGGACGGAUGACAGGCUGAGGUAUCGCAAACUGGACCGAUUUGAGUUCGACGCCGUAGCAUCUUUCCCCUACACCGAGAAUGAUAUUGUCCAUGUAGCAAACACACCUUUCCAUGGUGUUCUUCAAGUAGCUGAGAGGCGUUUUCCCGGCGUUAUGACCGUCCUCAACGAGGCCUUGCCCGAAAUCUUCGAGGAGUACAACAAGCCCAUCGUGCCGGUUCGCGUGAGGGACCUCAUCUUCGACGGCAUGCCGCUUUGUAGGAAUCCGAGCUACGUGGGCACAUUGGCUUGUAUUAUCAUCAGGCAAAUCAGCAACGACAUCCAGAACAUGAUGCCGCAGCCCGACGGCUCGAUUCAUUUCUCCGUCCUUAACUAUAGAAAUGGCAUCCCUGGAGGCCUCAUGGACGUCUACAGAGGCCUAGACGAUCCAGCAGACCUCGGCCGCAUCAUCAACUGGCAGAGCAGCCCUAAUCUGUCGUACUGGACUGGAGCCAACUCCCUGUGCAACAUGUUGAAUGGCACAGAUUCCGGAAUAUUCCAACCGUUCAUCAACAGGGAGCAUCCUUUAUACGUUUUCAACUCUGACAUCUGUAGAUCUGUGGAGCUGCGCUAUCAACAUGACAUAGUGCAUAACGAUAUACCCGGGGUGAGGUUCGCUGCCCGCGAAUGGUUGCUCAACAACAAUGAAGGCUGUUUCUGCCUCAACAUCACCAGUGGUAUCAACGCAGAGGACGGCUGCUUGCUGAAUGGCGCUAUGGAACUAUUUUCCUGCGUUGGUGAGUUUUACAAAUAUAAAUAA